CUGUCCGAGAGGCAACACGAAAAAAAUCGAGAAGAGAGAGAGAAGAAAAGAAUAAAAUAACAGCAGUAGUGCUGUGCCUGCUGAGUGCUGACACGACGUCGUAUACCAUCCAGCACUUUUGGUUGGGUGUUGAAGCAAAUCGAACGACAACGACGGACCGUGACCAUAGUGCACGAUCAGGCACGAUGCAGUAGCGGACACACAGCUGGGAGUCCUGACGACAGCGAUGAGGACUAUCGUCCUCGGAGGACAACACUCGGCGUUGAUUAUUUCCAACGCUACGAGCACUGACACUACUCUUUACUUAUCGACAAAGUAUGUCUUGACGUACUGCUACGGCCUUUUACGAUACAUCGUACACGCAUUAUAACGGUGAGCAGGUGGCUAUACGAAACAUGAAUCAGUGCGUCAAUCAAUUGGAUUAGGAGAAACGUCUGCCAAGUGCUUGUGUGCGUUUACUUACCUGUGAUUCAAAUCUUUAUAUUCUCUCAUCUCUGCUGCAAAUCGAGUUGCCAAGUGUUUGUUGCUCCAUUUUUAUCAAAAUGGCAGAAAUCAAAAUGGAUCAAGAGACAGUGUAUGGGACACACGAAGACAGUCAUGUAGUUAUGUCGGAAAAAGUGCAGUCACUAGCUGGUAGUAUAUAUCAAGAGUUUGAACGAAUGAUAGCUAGAUACGAUGAGGAUGUUGUCAAAGAACUCAUGCCAUUACUAGUCAAUGUGUUGGAGUGUUUAGACAUUGCUUACACAGAAAAUCAAGAACAUGAAGUUGAAUUGGAGUUACUGAGGGAAGAUAAUGAACAACUUGUUACACAAUAUGAGAGGGAAAAACAACUUAGAAAGACUUCUGAUCAAAAACUUCUAGAGUUAGAGGAUGCAGCAGAAGAUGAGCGCAAAGAAUUACUUUCAAAAAUUGAUAGUUUAGAGUCUAUAGUUAGAAUGUUGGAGCUCAAGACUAAAAACUCACACGACCAUGUGGUACGUCUUGAAGAAAAAGAAGCAGAACUAAAGCGUGAAUAUUCUCGAUUGCAUGACCGAUAUACCGAACUUUUCAAAACUCAUGUCGACUAUAUGGAGAGAACAAAAAUGCUGGUUGGAAGUUCGGAAAGAUUAGAGAACUCGACGUCCAGCGCUCGUGGUCCUAGUCGAUUACCUCCUCUUGGUAUGCAACAUAUGUCACGUAGUUCCGGCCCUCUUAGCUAUGGAUUCCAAAGUUUAGAGGCGAGUAUGAAUGCCGAAGAUAUUCCCGAGGAAAGUCCACCAAGCGGUGAAGAUCUGAAAACGGAAAUGUUGGACAGCAGCAGUGAUAUGCCUGUUGAUUUGUCUGAUAAGAGUCCGAUGACAGAACAGUUGCCACAAGACAAAAUUGCUGAAAAAUCUGUAAGUCCUGAAACAGAGCAACCUUCAGUAGCGACGACGCCAACGUCUCCUAAAGUAGAAAAAGUAGCAACAACUCCAGGCGGACGAAGUCGCACGGAAAGAGAAGAACGACGAAGUGCAAACACUUUGUAUCAAGAGAUCAGCUUUCAAGAUGCCGACGCUUUGGGAGAAAUGGAUGAAGGAGCUGAUAUCACAGGAAGUUGGGUUCAUCCAGGCGAAUAUGCUUCAUCUGGUAUGGGCAAAGAAGUUGAAAAUCUCAUUAUGGAAAAUAAUGAACUGUUAGCUACAAAGAAUGCUCUAAAUAUUGUCAAAGAUGAUUUAAUUGUCAAAGUCGAUGAAUUAACCGGGGAACAAGAAGUACUUAGGGAAGAAAUAAGAAGUCUCCAUCAAACGAAAGAUCGUCUGCGCCAGCGUAUAUUAGCAUUAGAAGAAGAACUGAAAAAAUUAAAAGAUGAAGCGGAAGCCGCUACCAAAGCAACGAAAAGCGACGACGAAGAGGAGGUUCCUUUGGCCCAAAGAAAAAGGUUUACGAGAGCUGAGAUGGCUAGGGUACUGAUGGAAAGAAAUCAGUAUAAAGAAAGAUUCAUGGAACUUCAGGAGGCCGUUCGGUGGACAGAAAUGAUUCGUGCUAGUAAAACUGAUCCGGCGAGCAUAUCUGGUCAAAAGCAAACCUUUUGGAAAUUUUUUAGUAAUCUCUUUACGGGUCCAGCAGAUCGAGGGCCGUUGGUGCGUGGACCUCACAUUCGCUACAGCGCACCUGCGAAUCAAGUUGUACCAGCAGGUCCAAUGGAUAUGAUGCGUCGACGUCAGCUGAAGAGUCGUCACGAUUUUCUUGAUCAAGGAGACACCAUGUCAUCAGAAAAGUUGGUAGCAAGACGAGCAAACGAAAGAAAGGAGCAAUACCGACAAGUUAGAGCUCAUGUUAGAAAGGAGGAUGGAAGGCUACAGGCUUACGGUUGGAGUUUACCGGGCAAACCCAGUGCUCCCCAACGCCAACCAGUACCAGUGCCAGUUUAUUGUCGACCGCUGCAAGAGACUGAACCUGGGAUGAAGAUAUGGUGUGGAGCAGGUGUUAAUCUAAGUGGAGGUAAAACGCGCGACGGCGGCAGCAUGGUUGGUGGAAGCGUCUUUUACGCAGCCGAAGCCCAAGAAACGAGUUGCGAGAACAAACCCGAAGAUGCCAUUGAGCAUCUGGACAAAGAGUUGCAAGAGAGUGAACAACGAAGAAUAGAAGCCGAACGACUAGAAGAGCAAUUGAGCUCAUACGUAUGGAUCUGCACGUCCACGCAAAAGAUGUCGAAAGUGACUGUGAUAGACGCAAACAAUCCAGCCGAGAUCCUGCAGGCAUUCAACGUCUGCCAAAGCCAUUUAUUAUGUAUUGCCAGUGUGCCGGGUGCUAAAGAAAGCGAUUAUGUCCAAACUGCCACAGACGCUACCGAAAUCGAGAGAAUCGAUGAUAAUGCGGAAACUGCUCUUUCAGUGGAAUUGAGUCAAGCGGAAGCGAAACAAAUCGAAGAUGAGUCUCCAUCGAAGAAAAGUAACGAGGACGAAGAAUCACAAAGUCAAGAUUUUGAUGCAGAAACAGAGAAUCUAGGAAAAGUGAGCUUUGUUAAAAAUGUUCUACGGUCGAAUUCUUCUCAAGUUAAUGUAAUAGACGAUGAUGAAAAAACUGAGGAAGAUGAUAGCGAAGAUGCUCCCAUAAAAAAAAUGUCUUCAAUUCAACCGACUAUGUGGCUUGGAGCUCAGGAUGGCUAUGUGUUCGUUCAUUCUGCCGUUGCCAAAUGGUCCGUGUGUUUACACUCGGUUAAACUGCAAGACGCUGCUCUUGGUAUUGUGCAUAUCCAAGGUCGAGUACUAGUCGCUCUUGCCGACGGCACUGUAGCAGUAUUUCGUCGAAGUAUCGACGGCCAAUGGAACUUAUCGCAACACCACGUGAUAACGUUGGGAACUCCGCAGCACUCAAUCAGGUGUAUGAGUGUAGUCCUUGGUAAAACCGUUUGGUGUGGUUAUCGCAACAAAAUUCAUGUGAUCGACCCGGUCAAACUGACUGUCGAGUGCACCGUUGACGCACAUCCACGCCGCGAGUCUCAAGUUCGACAGCUCGCUUGGCUCGGCGAGGGUGUAUGGGUUAGCAUACGAUUAGAUUCCACGUUAAGACUUUAUCAUGCUUACACUUAUCAGCAUUUGCAAGAUGUUGAUAUCGAGCCCUAUGUCAGUAAGAUGCUUGGCACUGGUAAAUUGGGAUUCUCAUUUGUACGUAUUACUGCGUUACUCAUCUCAUCCAAUAGACUGUGGAUUGGCACGGGAAACGGCGUUAUCAUUUCCGUACCUCUCUCUGAGAGUGCAGGUGGUUCAAUGGCUGUGACACGUGUUCAACCCGGCGCUGGUAAAGGCGACGCGCCAGGAGUGGGUGUAAGGGUUUUUACUACCGAUCACGGAGUUAUAACUCCCGGUAGUUUCAUUCCAUACUGUAGCAUGGCUCAUGCACAACUUAGCUUCCACGGACAUCGCGACGCAGUCAAAAUGUUCGUUGCUGUACCAGGCCAUGGUGGUUCUAGCGCAGCUUCAGAUAAUACGCAGCCAGCAAUGCUUGUUUUAUCUGGGGGAGAAGGUUACAUUGACUUCAGAGUUGGUGACGGUGAAGAGACGAUGGAAGAUUCGUCAAGUCGAACGUCCACGAUAGUAGCAUCGACCGCGGAAGAGCAAGGUGAGCAAAGCCAUCUGAUAGUAUGGCAAGUGCGUAGUCUGCCGUCAGUGACAAACAACGCCUAGUCCAACAAAUAAUUUUUCGGAGAAAAACAAGGAGUUCCUUUAUUAAUGGGUGCCUGGCCUAGCUUUUUCUUUCGUCAAUGACUGAACUUGGCAAGGAGAGACAUACAUGUGUCGUAAACUCUUCGUUGUUUUUUUUCUGUUUUAUUGCCAAAUUUCUCGAGAGCACUCGACCUACACGCGUUUCUCGAUGAAUUUUAUACUGUGUACUACUAUACAUAUAGCCAGGUUUGAUAAUUCGACCAUUGUAAACAAUUGAAAUGAACUUACUUCCGUUGGAAUAAUAUUAUCAUCGUGCGAUUGAUUAUUAUACCGUAUUUUUGUAACUCUAUAAUUAUGUACGCCAUACAGAUCUGAAUUGACUAUAUAUGUUUUAUUUAGUUUUUUCUCAAUGAUUAAUUUUCGUUUUUCGCCCUCUGACGGAUGGGAGAUUAUUUAGAUGAGAUUUUUAUUAAUUAUAUCCAAUUUCGUAUCAACAGCUUCAAACGAUGAUGAUUUACGAUCGCUAUAUAGUAAUUCCAUGUAUAUGUAUAUUGUGUGAACAAGAUUUUUUUGCAUAGUUUAUUUAUAAAAAAUUUAACCAAUACAAUGUGUAAAUGCUUAAUGCUCUAUCAAUGAAUAUUCAAUAUGCGCAUCAAGUCGCUGUUUGCUUAGAUUAGGAACAUUAAUUAUUGUAUAUCACAAAGAUAUUAUAUUUUUUAUUUAUGUAACAAACCAAGUAAUGAAGAAUCAUUUAUUAUUUCUAUUAAUCAAGUAACUUUGGCAUUACACUACCUUAUAUAUAAAUUAAUCAAGUUUAUAGGGAAAAAACGAGGGUUUUGUAAAUACGCAAUGUUGAUACUAGUAAAUAUUUGUUAUGUUGUAUAGUCUUUUUCAAAAGAAACAAGCGAGAAGUGCGCUAAAAGGGUAAAGCGCUUCUUUCUUUUCUCUUGUGAAAAACGAUUCUGAAUCUCUUACCAAAGAUGCAGAUAUCGAGCGAUAAUAAUAAUAAAGAAAAAGGAAGCAUAGACAAGAAUGUUCAAUUCGUUUGUAUACCUAUCGUCAUCAAAUCCUCGAGACAUUUUUGGAUAUCUUAAUUUUGAAAGGCGAUCUUUUUUUGUGUGGAUUGGCGUGUAAAUUAAUUGUGAUUUCUAUGUAACAAGCGGGCAAUUGUGUGUAGCUGAUGCGAGUCGAAAGUGAUGGUGAAAAAUAAAAAAAGCGAUCUAUGAAAUCUCUAUCACUACAGAGUUAUUAUCUCUCAUUCAAUGCCUAUUAUAUUGUU